UAUAAAGCCAAGUUCUCUAUUGCAUUUCUUGCACAGUCUCUGUUGCUAUCAUGGAGACGUUUAAGAAACCUCUCUUUGUGAUCACUCUCUCUGUUUUGUUUCUUGUACUCUGCAACAUGUCUCUAGCGAGAAAUGUAAAGACCACAGAGGAUCAAAAGAGUAGUUACAUAGUACAUGCUGCCAAAUCCCAAAUGCCAGCAAGCUUUGACCACCAUUCAACAUGGUUCAAAUCAACUUUGAAGUCGGUAUCUGACUCAGCAGAAAUGAUCUACACCUAUGACAAAGUUAUCCAUGGAUUCUCAACAAGGUUAACACCUGAGGAAGCCCGUUUGCUGCAGAGCAGAAACGAGAUUCUAAAGGUGCUACCAGAUAGAAUCCUCAAGCUCCAAACAACCCGAACCCCACAGUUUCUCGGGCUCGAUAAAAUUCCUACAAGCACAUUUGCCCAAUCCAACACAGGAGGUAGUGACAUCGUCAUCGGAGUCAUAGACACUGGUAUUUGGCCGGAGAGCAAGAGCUUCGACGACACCGGGUACGGACCCAUUCCCAGUACUUGGAAAGGCAAAUGUGAGUCAGAUGCAAAUUUCACAGCAGCCAACUGCAACAAGAAACUGAUCGGAGCCCUGGCCUAUAAAAGUGGUUUCCUGGCCUCUAUGGGUCGAAUCGGUGACUCCGUAGUUUCUAUGUCCCCACGUGAUGAUGAAGGUCACGGCACCCACACUGCUAGUACUGCUGCAGGCUCUCCCGUGCAAAACGCGAGUCUCUUCGGUUACGGUGCCGGAACGACGCGUGGGAUGGCCCCACGCGCUAGAAUCGCUGUGUACAAGGUUUGCUGGGCGGAGGAUGGUUGUGUUGAAUCUGACAUACUAGCGGCGAUGGAUCGAGCCAUCGCAGACAAUGUGAAUAUCCUUUCCUUGUCACUCGGGGGUGGACAACCCGAGUACUACAGGGACAACGUCGCGAUUGGAGCGUUUUCAGCAAUGGAGCAUGGAAUUGUUGUGUCUUGCGCCGCGGGAAACAACGGCCCUGAUCCCUAUUCUCUCAGCAAUCUGGCACCUUGGAUUAUCACUGUGGGAGCUGGCACAAUCGAUCGAGAUUUCCCUGCAUAUGUUAGCCUUGGAAAUGGGAAAAACUAUUCUGGUGUGUCCCUUUACAGUGGCAACAAAUUGCCUAAUAAACCUGUUUUGCCACUCAUCUAUGGGGAGAGUGCGGGAUUUGGAGGAGCGAAUUGUCAGCCAGGAAGCUUGUACUUGCCGCAAAAAGUCAAGGGAAAAAUCGUGGUGUGUGAUCGCGGAAUAAACAGUAGGGCGGAGAAAGCAGAGGUGGUAAAAUCUGCCGGCGGUUUGGGCAUGGUGUUGGCCAACCGCGUGUCUGAUGGGGAGGAUAUGACAGCAGAUUCAUUUGUUUUACCGGGACUUUUGGUGGGCGCAAAGGCUGGUGAAGCUAUCAAGCAGUACCUACGUUCUGAUCCAAAAGCGACAGCCACAAUUGUGUUUGGGGGAACAAAGGUCGGGAUCGAGCCAUCCCCCGUUGUUGCGGCGUUCAGUUCUAGGGGCCCAAGUAUUCUCCAUCCAGAAAUAUUGAAGCCUGAUUUGAUCGCGCCUGGUGUCAACAUCUUAGCUGCAUUCACAAGGAAUGCAGGUCCGAGUGGUUUGGAUUCUGAUCAAAGGCGUGUGGAUUUCAGCAUCAUGUCAGGCACGUCCAUGUCAUGCCCUCACGUGAGCGGUAUCGCAGCUCUAAUUAAGUCGGCUCAUCCAGACUGGAGCCCAGCCGCCAUUCGAUCUGCGCUGAUGACAACGGCUUAUUCGACUUACAAAAAUGGUAAUCCCUUGCUCGACAGUGCAACUGGAAAACCAGCAACACCAUUUGAUUUUGGCGCAGGACACGUGGACCCCGUCUCUGCACUUAAUCCCGGGCUUAUUUAUGAUUUAACGGUGGAUGAUUAUCUGAAUUUUCUUUGUUCAAAGUAUACAUCUGAAGAGAUUCAAAUCCUGGCAAGGAGAAAAUACUUGUGCCAUGGAAAGAUAGACAACCUUAAUUACCCUUCAUUUAGUGUGGUUUUUUCAGAUAAAGUUGCGCAGGUUAAGCAAAUGCGAACUCUCACCAAUGUAGGUGCGGCGGGAACGUACAAAGUAUCUGUUAAGAUAGAUACCCCAGGGUUCAAGGUCACGGUUCAACCGGAAGUAUUGAGUUUUGGAGUAAAUGAGAAAAAAUCUUAUACAGUUACAUUCAUCGCAUCAGGUGUCAAGCCGCAGAAAACUCAUGGUUUUGGACGUUUAGAAUGGUCUAAUGGAAAGAAUGUUGUUGGAAGUCCUAUCGCGUUUAGUUAUUAGGGGCCAUAAGCUCCAUGAAGCUUGACCAAAGCCUUUUUUUUUUGAAUACCUCUUCACUAACUGAAGAAAGAGUGUGUUGGUGGGCUAAUGGUUAUGGUUAUAGAAUAAUACAUUUGAAUCUAUAUUAGAACAAAAGAUCAUGUACUUAAGUAGUUGGAGUUUAAUG